CACCAAUGGUGGGGAAGAACUGGAAACUAGGUAUUUUGGGCCGUCCAAUAUUUGGUGUGAAUUUCGCAGUAGAACAAAUCGAAGGUAUCUCCCUCCUCAGUCCUCACCCCAAAUCAUCUCCCUGUGGCUCCAAACCCACCGCAAGAUUUCGUCUCCAUAUUCUGUCACUUUCUAUCAGAUCAAAGAGUAGCCUCUCUCUUCCAUAAACCAUUUCGUUGUGCUCUUGUUUACUUCUGUUCCUUGGUUUUUCUUGCUGUACGACGAUAACGCAUGGAUUAACAUAGAUUGAGUUAUUAUCCCACCUGCAACACAAAACAAUGCGUACUUCGGGGUUAACUCAAGAACCCGUCCAUCUAUUCGAUGUUUUAUCCAAAUGGGAGAGUUUCUUCGGCUCUAAAUCUUUUUGUAACUUGGGUUUUAAUGGGCAGUCUUCUAUUUAUUCGAAUCUGCGGUUUGAUGGAUUCGAGACUUUAGUUGGUGAGAAGAGGGAGAAGCCCAAGGUGGUGGCUUCUUUGGGUUUGAGCAGAAGUACUUCAAGGAUUCAGAGGAUUUGGCGUAGUUUCAAUAGGGUUGUUAGAUUGCACUGUGAGAGGAUCCCAAUUGGGUUUGCCUCAGUUGGUGGUGUGUCUUCGGGAGAGAAUGGAUUGGGAGAACAUGGCUGCGCUGUUCUGGACGAGGAAAAUCUGAACUUGAAUGGUGUGGAAGCAGAGAAAUCGAAGAAGGUGCUUAUUUUGAUGAGCGACACUGGUGGUGGUCACAGAGCUUCAGCGGAAGCCAUCAAAGCUACUUUCAAUGAAGAAUUUGGAGAUGAAUAUCAGGUAUUUGUUACAGAUUUGUGGUCGGAUCACACACCUUGGCCCUUCAACCAAUUGCCCAGGAGCUAUAACUUCUUGGUGAAGCAUGGUCCUCUGUGGAAAUUGACAUAUUAUGGGUCUGCUCCUCGUGUGGUGCAUCAAUCAAACUUUGCUGCAACUUCAACAUUUAUUGCUCGGGAGGUCGCUAAGGGGCUGAUGAAAUACCAGCCUGAUAUUAUAAUCAGUGUACAUCCUCUUAUGCAACAUGUUCCACUGCGUAUACUGAGGGCAAAGGGUCUUUUGGAGAAGAUUGUGUUUACCACAGUUGUAACUGAUUUAAGCACUUGCCAUCCCACAUGGUAUGAUCUCCUUCUGCUGCUGCUCUUCACCUCUUCCUUUAUUACCUUUGUAUUCUUUGUAAUUUUGAUAAAUUUUCUUCUUGCUGCUGUUAUCUUCAGGUUUCAUAAGCUUGUAACUAGAUGCUAUUGCCCAACAACGGAGGUGGCAAAAAGGGCAUUAAAAGCUGGACUUCAGCCUUCCCAAAUUAAAGUUUAUGGCCUUCCAGUGCGGCCUUCAUUUGUGAAGCCUGUUCGACCUAAGGUUGAAUUAAGAAGAGAGUUAGGAAUGGAUCAGGAUCUUCCUGCUGUGUUACUGAUGGGAGGAGGCGAAGGCAUGGGUCCCAUUGAGGCUACAGCUCGGGCACUUGGGAAUUCAUUGUAUGAUGAGACUAUUGGUGAGCCAAUAGGUCAGGUUCUUGUGAUUUGUGGCCGCAAUAAAAAACUUGCCAACAGAUUGCUUUCAAUCGACUGGAAGAUUCCUGUUCAGGUGAAGGGAUUUGUCACUAAAAUGGAAGAAUGCAUGGGUGCUUGUGAUUGCAUUAUUACGAAGGCAGGACCAGGGACCAUUGCAGAAGCUAUGAUACGGGGCCUUCCUAUAAUACUGAAUGAUUAUAUUGCCGGACAGGUAAAUUAGGGUUUCUGCAAGAUUAUGUUC